CGCUCCCCCUAGCGGAGCAGCUCACAGCCGUGUGGAGCGUCACAGGCGCCGGUGUCCGUCCCCCCCAGUCACAGUGAAAGUUGUCUCCGCUCGGAAGAGCCUGGAAGUCGGGGGUUUCGCUAGUUUCCACCGCCGCUGCUUCACACGCUUUCUCCCGGAGAGAUGAGGCGGAAGGAGAAGAGGCUGCUGCAGUUCGCCGGGCUGCUCAUAGCGGCUCUUCUUUUCCUCCCCAACGUCGGGCUGUGGUCUUUGUACCGGGACCGAGUGUUCGACAACUCGCCCGACACAGUGGACGGCAUCCCGCAGAUACAGGGGGUUAACCGGGUGGGGAAGGACGCUCAGGUGGGACGGGACGGCGUGCGGAGGAAAGACUGGCACGACCAGGAAGCAAUCAAAAGAGAUUCCUCUCGAUCCGGUAACGGUGAACAGGGGAAGGCGUUCCCACUGACCGAUGCUGACCGGGUGGACCAGGCCUACAGGGAGAACGGCUUCAACAUUUACGUCAGCGACCGGAUCUCCCUCAACCGCUCCCUCCCAGACAUCCGCCAUGCCAACUGCAAACAGAAGCUGUACGCGGAGAAGCUGCCCAACACCAGCAUCAUCAUCCCGUUCCACAACGAGGGCUGGUCGUCGCUGCUGAGGACCGUCCACAGCGUGCUCAACCGCUCCCCCCCGCAGCUCAUCGCCGAGGUCAUCCUGGUCGACGACUUCAGCGACAAAGAGCACCUGAAGGCAGCGCUGGAGGAGUACAUGAUGCGCUUGCCGAAGGUUCGCAUCCUGAGGACCAAGAAGAGGGAGGGGCUGAUCAGGACUCGUCUGCUGGGAGCCGGCGCCGCUAAAGGAGAAGUCAUCACCUUCCUGGACUCCCACUGUGAGGCCAACGUCAACUGGCUGCCUCCACUGCUGGACCGAAUCGCCCAGAACAGGAAAACCAUCGUGUGUCCGAUGAUCGACGUGAUCGACCACGACAACUUUGGCUACGAGACGCAGGCGGGGGACGCCAUGCGAGGGGCUUUUGACUGGGAGAUGUACUACAAACGGAUACCCAUCCCUCCGGAGCUGCAGAAGGACGACUCCAGUGAACCCUUCGAGUCUCCAGUGAUGGCAGGUGGACUGUUCGCCGUGGACAGGAAGUGGUUCUGGGAGCUGGGAGGAUAUGACACGGGUCUGGAGAUCUGGGGAGGAGAGCAGUACGAGAUCUCCUUCAAGGUGUGGAUGUGUGGUGGUCGGAUGGAGGACAUCCCUUGCUCCAGGGUGGGACACAUCUACAGGAAGUACGUCCCCUACAAAGUUCCUGGUGGAGUCAGCCUGGCCAGGAACCUGAAGCGUGUGGCGGAGGUGUGGAUGGAUGAAUACGCCGAGUACGUCUACCAGCGCCGGCCCGAGUACCGCCACCUGUCGGCGGGCGACAUGGCGGCCCAGAAGGAGCUGAGGAACCGCCUCAACUGCAAGAACUUCAAGUGGUUCAUGAGGGAGGUGGCCUGGGAUCUGCCCAAACACUACCCACCGGUGGAGCCUCCUGCUGCCGCGUGGGGAGAGAUUCGCAACGCGGCGAGCGGCAUGUGUUUGGAGAGUAAGCACUUUGUGUCGGGGAGUCCCAUCCGCCUGGAGAGCUGUGUGAAGGGCCGGGCCGAGGUCAGCUGGAGCCACGGACAGGUGUUCACGUUCGGCUGGAGAGAGGACAUCCGGGUGGGCGACCCCAUGCACACUAAAAAGGUGUGCUUCGACGCGGUGUCCCACAACAGCCCCGUCACCCUGUACGACUGCCACGGCAUGAAGGGGAACCAGCUGUGGCGCUACAGAGAGGAUAAGAGCCUGUACCACGCCGUCAGUAACAGCUGCAUCGACAGCAGCCCGAGCGAGCGCCGAGUCUUCAUGAACACGUGCGACGCGUCCUCGGCCGGCCAGCGGUGGCUGUUUGAGAGGACCAACGCCACCGUGCUGGAGCUCUUCAACCGGGGGGGCGCCAACUGAGGCGCACAAACACACACUGGCCCCAGACGCACGCUGGCGUGGAUCUGCUGCUGCUGCUGCUGCUGCUGCUGGGAAGACUUGUUUCACAUUCACUCUGGGGGGGGGACUAGGACUGAUGCAUGAUGGGAUACCGUGGGGGAACUGCACAUCAUUUGGAGUUGAGCUCUGAGGGGAUGGUCUUGUGUGCGAGUUGUGUUUUUGUUCUGUCGCUCUUCCUGAUUUUUUUUUUUUUUUCUUUUGCCGCUGAUUCAGGUCCCAAACGGAAUCUGCCGAUUUCUUAGUUUUCAGCAGUGAUCCGAAAAUGAAAAUCUGCAGUGUUUAGUGAAAUGUUUUUCCGCCUCGUGGUGGAGACGUGUUCACGUUGGGAGUUUAUUUUGAACGAAUUCCAAAUCUGCAGCAAAAACUCGGCACUAUUCUCCAUCCGCAGAUUCCCUCUGGCCCUGUGACAUUCCUCUCCUCUCUUUUCUCCUCCCUUUUGUCUGAUUCCAGAUGUGC